UUUUAGUUUUAUGAAUGCUCUUCAUGUGUAAAAGUCUCGAAUUAUUUUAUUCUGUUUCCUAAUAAUAAAAAAAAUAAUUGAUCGAUAACUUCAAUUUAGGCACUGGUUUUCGUUUUAAUUUGUGGUAAUUUUUUAUUUUAUUUUUGAAUUAAAUAUGAGUGGUUAUCGAAAAAAAUUUAGCGGUGCAGAAUAUCGUAAAAGAAAAGCAGAAGAAUCUACGAAAAUAGAUAAUUUAUUAAAAAAAAUUCCAAAAAUAUCUAGUUUUAUGACAAGUUCAAAUAAGUCUUCUAAUAAUGACCAACAACCAGCAUGUUCAUCGGUCCCGGAAUUAGAAGAGAUGUUAGAACAACAAGGAGAAGAGGAAGAAGAAGAAGAAGUACAGUCACAUCAUUCUCUAUCACAAGAUACGAACAAGACGCCGUCAAAUUUUUCUUCAUCACAAUAUACUGAAGAAAUUCAGUCAACAACUGAUAUCUUAAAAUUUAAUACUGAUCCCUUUUUAUGGAAUUUAAAUGAAGAAACACGGGAUUUCAUAACGAUAAACGGUAUUCCACGAAAUGAUAACACGGACUUUAACAAUUCUAGAAAUGUUUAUAGUGAUAAAAUGAGAUAUUGUUCCAAAAGUUUAGAGGGACCGUGCGUCAUGACUUUAACGCCAACUGGUGACAAAAAUGUGCACUUUUUGGGGGAGAUUUAUUAA